UGUGUUUGCGAUUGGCACUGCUGUACACUACACCAUGAGGCACCCUGGCGGUCAUUUCCUGGCGCUUGGCUGGUGUCUGUGCCUGCUGUACAGCGGGUACGAGCUCGCUAGAGCGUCCUCUCUCGCUCUCUUCAACAAGAGCGAUGCAGGCCUGAGCGGAGCACUCACCUCGGCCGUGAGCUUUGUGCUGAGCGUGGCAAUGCUCGGGGUGUAUGGGGUUGGAGCGGAAGUGCUGGGGGGCAAGUGGACUCUCGUCGUUAGCGCCAGUGGAUGCUGUGUUGUGUUUCUAGCCUUUGCGUUUGCGUGUUUCGGGGAUGCGGACGUCAGCAGGACGGUUGUAUGCGGCCUCUACGCGUUUCGGGAGAUGUACGUGGCGUUGAUAGCGACCCAGGUCUGGGAGCUGCUGUCGGCGGCGCUCAAGCAGAGAGGAGAAAGGGAAUCGCGACGCUGGUUCUGCAUCAUCCAGGGUGUAUCUUGCAUUUGCAGCGCCUUCUCCGGGGUAGCGGCGGGACGCCUGGCGACCGCCGGAGGCCAGGCUUACCUCCUUCUUGCAGCAGCCCUCUCCCUCGGCACCAUCACCGUCACCGCUGUGGCGUUAACACCCGUCAAGGCGGGCGGGUGGGGGUUCGAAAAGGUCGAGGGGAAAACGGGCAAGAAAAAGAGUGACCACGGGAUGCUGAGCGUGCUUAGAUCAAGCGCGUCCCUCUUUCGACAGAGUCCUUUGCUGGCGGCGCUGCUAGCGGAAGCGACGGUGUGCCAGGUGUUGGUAGCAACUCUAAACUUGAGCUUCAACGAGGCCAUUAGACAGGGUCUCCCACGAGAAGAGGCCUCCGGUGAAACAGGGGCAGGGGCUGCGGGAUUCGUAGGGAACUCGUUCGCUGUAAUUGGCUUGGUCUCUGGCAUUUUGCAGCUGGUGGUGAUGCCCUGGGCGAUGGUCCGUGUCAACCCUUCCCUCCUCUUGAAGACACUACCCGUCGUUGCGGGCGGCGGUUUCCUGGUGACCUUCGUGUCCCCGGGGUUUCGAACCGCCACAGUGGCAUUCUCCGUAACGAAGAUCCUUGAGUAUAGCGUCAGGGGAACAGUGCUGGAGUUGGUGUACCAGGCCAUGGCCGACGACGAGCGCCGCUUGGGCAAAGAAGCCAUCGCAACCGUUGGCGUCAGAAUCGGCCGCACGACGGCGCAGGUGUUGCUGUACCUGUGUUCGGCCGUCCUUGGCGGCACCCCUCCCCAGAGGGCCCUCAUGGGAGUCGCCUUCGUGCUGUCGAUCGCCUGGGGGGCAACGAUCCGCAAGGUGGAGGCGUUAGCGAGGAGAGGGGGCGGUCCCCUGCCGUCACCGCCUCCAUCGCCGACGAAGCAGCUGGGGCUACCGCCCGUGAAGCUAUUUACGCCCCAAGCAAGCCGUAACGGUGGUCGUGUUGGUGGUGUUGGUUGUGUAGAUGGGACGGAGGGAGUCAGAAGGAGGGCAGUUGGGGGAGUCGAGAUAGAUAGCAGCGGCAGUGCUACUAGUGCAGCUGCUCGCAAGGAAGACGGCGUCGUUCGUGCCAAUGGGAGCGGCAGCAGUAGAAGUACGAGUAGUGCAAGUAUUUGUAGUAGUAGUCAUGAGAAGGAUUUGUAGAGACUGACUGCCGUACGGAGUUUUGCUCUUUCCGAGUGGGGUUUAGAGUUUAUCACGAUGAACGAAGGCAUUGUGUGACCACAAGUAAUGUGGUGCUGCACGCGCGUCUUUGUAGUUACAUGUAUAAAAAAAAUCAUGAACGGCAUUGACUUGGAGAGGUAACAAAACAUUCCAGCCACGAACUUAGGAAAAAAACGACGCUGUUAUCGCCGCGUAAAUUGUGAACGGGAACCUUUUUAAGCCUUUUGGCCUGAUGGCA